CGCGAGCUCGCUCGCGUGUAAAUCUCCACCGCUUGCUACCUCUUUGCUGCGUACGGAAUGCUCCGCUCGUUUCCCCUCUCUCUACGGCUGCUAGUCCGGGUGGCCAAUCGGUGUCUUCGCUUUCGGCUUGGUUCGCCGACCGAGGCACCGGGGCACCUUCUUUGGCAUCGUCUUGGCGCACCCGUCUGCAUUCGCCGUUGGACCAGCGGCCUUGACGGACUUUUUUGCCUUCUUGUGGCUGUGGCUCCCGCUCCUUCGCUCAGAGUGUGUGUGUGCGCGCACGCGUGCACGCUUGGUGCCAACCCGGGGUGGUGCUACCCGGAUCGUGAUUUCCUUUUCCGAAAUUUGCUACUUCCGCCAAAUUUGCGUACGCGUGUGUGUCGUUUGCGUGUAUUUGUGCGUGUGUGCGUGUGCUUUUAAUUUCUCCAUACCGGCGGUCGGUUUGCGCUUCCGUUUUGUGCGGCUUCGUGCUUCGUGUUGUUAUACGGGUGCACUAUCACGAUCGAAUCCGCUUCCGCCUUAUUUUUCGGUGAUUUAUUGAUCGUUAGGCAACCCAAAAGGAGGAGGAAGAAAUAGGAAACGAAGAAACGAAAAGAAGAGAAAAAUAAACGACAACAAACAUCCCGACCGUCACGGAAAACGAAAAGAAACAUAAACAAGCGAGUGUGUCGCCAAAACUUCGUACGGCUAAUUUGAAUGCGCAAAAGUGAAACGUUCGGUGUUUGGAGUGUGGAGCGAAAUUUCACCUUCUAAACUUCACAAAAAACAGCGUGAGUGUGAUUAAAGCAAGCGACUGUCUGCAUGCGUGUGAUAGUGUUUUUUUCUUUUUCCUACGCUCUGUGUUAAAUCAUCAUUAGCAGUGACAGAAAGGGCGUUCUACGUGAAGCGAUAAGUUUCAGUUUCACUUUGAAUGCACAUUUGCACAGAGUGAAGAAGAGUGUUUUCCCACCACGCACAUUUGCUUCCUUCCCGCUGCAACUGGACUGAAGCAAUUGAAGCAAUCCAACACGCACCGCCACCACGCCGUUCUCGUGCUCGAGACCUUGACGUAUCAUCUUCAUCACCACCAGACCUUGCCGGCUCAACAGUAACCCCCCUAGAGUUAGGGCUAAGUUUCCCCCCCACGCUACCCUUAAGGGCUAAAGAACGAAGCCCCCCCCCACCCGGCUUGGUGGUUGAUUGUGCACCGGCACACAGCAAACGAAACAAAACGCAGCAAAAGCAAAAGUCAUCGCUGCAAACGGAAGUGAGAAGAAGAGUGCGCCACAGACUGUGCAGACUGUGUGAGAGGGUGAUCUAGUUAGCGAACUUCCCCCGAAGGUAUAGUGUGUGACAAGGUGUGUGUGGUGUGUAUGUGUGUGUGUGAUACGAGCAACUUAGAAUACAAUGCAAUAAUUAGUCCACACGCUGGCUGGUAGCGCCCACUACACGACAAAAAGGAACAAGACGCUGCACCCCGAGCUGCUUAUCGAAAGGAGACCAACAGCAAGCUAGAAAACGGACAAGUUCUUCUGCGGACUCCGGACAUAAGCUGCCCUAGGAAACGGGACACGCGGCAGCUGGCAUGCUUCCCCGUGUUCGCCGGUGAACAACGCCCUUCCACUUGCCGCUUGGAUCGCUCGGUUGUAGAUGAAUGAUCACCGGCCGUUCAGCGAACCAUGCUACAACGUCCACCGCCAGCAGCGAACGGUUGCUGACCAUGGCACGGCUGAGGCAGUGGCAGCGCCGUGUCCUCGCGCCUGCAAGGUAUGCCGAGGGCAGCCGAUACCGUCACCCGGCGCACGGCCGGGAUGGACACCCGGUGGGACGCGAUAAUUACACCGCAUUACCGACACGUACGACCGGCCGGCAAAGCCAUCUUCAGCGGGCGCUGGUGUUGCUGUCGCUGCUCACCUGCUGGACUGGCGGCGGCUUCGUCGAGGCGGCGGCUACUCCGAUCAAGAGCCCAUUGCCCGGGUACGGCCGUGGAGCGCCCAUGUUCAAGCGAAUGGGUGGCCUCACCGAGUCCGGCCGGAUCUCCAACCUGACGCGUCUUCACAGUGGUGAUCUGUUUUAUACAUUUGAAUCGGAAAAAUGUGACACAGAUACGUGCGUGGGGCUGUCGAGCGGCACGGCGGAACUAUCGAUCGGUGGCGAUCGGACCGGCGCCGGGCCCACCGGACCCCACCGACUCCCCGGAAGUACGGAUCACAUCAAAGAAAUCGACAUGUCAUCGGAUGCGGGCAUCGAGUGCAAGUGCCAGUGUUUGCCGCACCUGAGCACCUACCGGGAAGAUCUCGGCAUCUGUGUGGACGAUAUUAGAGAGUGCACUCUAGCGCCGUUCAUCAGCGGAUCAAGCUCCGAGAAGAUCCCGUUCGUCUUUCUGCCCCACCGUGGCCAAAUCGUUCAUCCAAGCCGCGAGAUUGGAUUUCCCGGUGUCAAGAUGCCGAUGUGUGCAGUAUCAGCCGCCCAGUACCUCACCACCAACGGCUGGGCGGAGCUGCGCAACCCGAUCGACACGGACGUCCCGUUUCGGCUGUUUCGUGACGAGGGGCGCAUCUAUCUGCAGUGGCUCGGCGAGCCGGAGCUACGGCAGCGCAUGCAGGGCCGGCUAGUGCUGGUGCAUCUGAUGUGCCGCGACAUGACACCGCGCCUACUGCUGGAGGAAAGCCGAGCCGCCCUUCAUCAAGAUGACAUGCAGAUGCCGAAUCAAAACAUCUUCACACCGUGCAUCGCUUUCCGCGUCGUUGGGACACCGAUCAAAUACGUCACCAACGUUACGGAGGUAUCGUUCGCAUCCGAGACACACAUCGAGCAACAGUCCGGACUCUCCACCAAGGAGUACAUCGUGAUCGCGGUCUGCAGUCUGUGUCUGGGGCUAAUCUACAUCGCGUCAGUGUUUCUCUACAUCCACAUGAAGAAGCGUAAGACCCGAUCGGGCACGAACGAUGAUGGCAGCGGGCUGAAGAAUGACUACUCCACCUACCAGCAGAACGAUCAGGUCACGUUCGGGGUCGGUAUGGGCGCGGCCGCCGUCAGCCCGUUCGGUGGACAGGCACGGGCCAGCUUUAUUGGGCGUAACGCGCUCGGCGGUAGCCAGCGACAGGGCGGAGGGCCAGCGGUUGGACCGCACCGGGGCCUCGCGAACGUUGGUCUGCACGCGGAGGAGAUGGGCAUUGUGAAGAACAACCCGCUGCUGAAACACUUCCCGAACCUGAGCGACAAUUCGGGCUUCAUCAGUGACAAUUCCAAUUCGGUGUCGGAGUUUGAGGAUGAUAUAACGACCGACGUUGAGAAGCAGAUGCAAACCGGCAAACAUCAGCCAAAAAACUUCUCAGGGCGUACCGAAAUGGAUGGCGAACUUCGCCUUCAGCAGCAGCAGCAGCAGCUGUCCCAGCAGUCCGCUCUGUUACUUCAUCAUCACCAUCACCUUCAGCAGCACCAGCAGCAACACCAGCAGGAUCCACUGAACGCCGGUGGCCAGGAUACGGAGUGUCUACCAGAGGAAAAUGUAUCCAUUGUCGAAGAGCUGAACAACGAAGAAAAGCUCGAAAGCAUGAAGUCUAUCGUGAACGGUACGAUGCGCCGGAAGCUGUACUUCAAUCCGGCCUACUUCGAACCACAUCUUCUAGUUUCACCUCCACCGGCAGCUAUCGAGUUUCUGAAUAAGAUCCGCGAGGUGAUCACGAUCGCCAAGUACAAGAUGUCGGCGAAACGGUUUCAGCCCUCGCUGAACAUCAUCCCGGAGGAGAUGCAGCAAUCGGCCGGGUCGGAAACGUAUGCCGCGGUCCAGACAGCCCCGGCCAGCCGGCGGAGCAGUUUGAUCAGCUCGCGCAAGGACAGCUCACGCAAGAGUGCCUGCUCGGGGUGUCCCGGGUGCGAGAAGAAGGUGGCGGCCGCUGCCGACCCCGUGAUGGUACCGUCGAGCAACUGUAAGAACUGUGGCGACAAGCAGAACAGCAUCCGCAAGUGGCUGGAGGAUGUGUCGUCCAACCAUGGGGAUGGUAUUGCCGAGGCGGACCUGUACGACAGCAAGGCGAGCCUGCUCGCCAAUGCAGCUGGUAAUGGGUCGGAGGUAGAUGGAGCAACGCCAACACCGAAGCUCGAUGCGGGUGGGAUUGCAAAUGGAGGGUUUGUAGGGGAGCUGGAGUCACUCAAGUCACUGGAUGAUCGUACGCCCGCCAAUGAUUCGUUGCCGAUUCGACCGGACAUCAAGAAGCACCCGAAGGGUCAUCGCCCAUCCAAGACGGGGAGUUUACACAGCGACAGUUCGUCAACGUCGGACAACGAAACGAUCGUGGCCAAUAGUGUGAAGGAACGAUCGGCGGUCGUUCGCAUUCCUUCCGCAAGCAAAUCGGUCCGCUCAGACACUAGCUCAGCACCGAAAAUUGUGUCGCACAGUCUGAAGUCGGAUCUGGUGAGCAAGAUGAGCAAGUUCAGCAUGCAGGACGGUGCCGGUGCGCUGAUGAAGAACAGCAGCUUCAUCUACGAGGAGACCCGGCAGAGCAACCAACAGCUGUACAUCAAGAACACGAACAACUCAGUCGCUAACCUGGACACCAACAAGGUGUACGAUAAGCGCGAUCUGUACAGCAUUACUGGUAGUGAGAUCUACAACAAUCCACAGUUUGAGGCAUCACCGGUGAUGCCGCACAAGAUGCUGCCGGUGGUACACACACAAUCAGCCCACCAUCAUCAUCACCAUACGCACGGCAAGAAGCCGCCAGCGAAUGGAGGAGCCAGAGUGCACCAGACACCAGCUCUACCACCUUCACUGGCCGGCGCCUCCACCAGCAAGCGUCGCCAGGAGGUGCUGGAUCAGUACGCGAACGUCAAACCGAUGAAGCUCCGCAACAUCAACCAGAUGCCGGACAUGGUGUACGAAGCGCUGGCGAUGGAUCAGCGCAAAAUCCGCUCCUGGUCGGAGCGACAUGCCGAGCGACUGCCAGUCCCACAGCUCGAGUCGCUAGACUACGCCCUCGACUCGUCCGACAGCCGGUUCAGCAGCAUCGAUCGGCACGAGCGCUACCGGAACGAGAAGUUCUUUCACGACUUUCUAAACUCGGACCAGGAGUGCAACACGCUCGGGAACCGAUCGGGCAAGAACUCGUACAGCAAGUACCAGCCCGACUCGCCAAUCUACUCGCGCAAAUCGCCCCACUAUCUGAUCGUGGACUACGAAACGGACAGCCUGGAGCGGGCCACCUCCAAGACGCCGAUGAGCUUCCACACCUCCACCACGAACAGUAGCGAUCUUGGGUCGCAACCGUCGCCCUCCCUCAGCACAGCGCUACCGCUCGAGGAGGAGGUCGAGAUACGCAAUGCCAUAUACGAUCGGGUGGAGGGUUUUAGAAAGGAUACUGACACGAUCAAGACGGAACGCGCAGCCGUCAGUAUCCGGUCCGAUGAGUAUGAAGACGUUCCGCAGACCAGCGUUGUUGAGGGCCAGCCGGCAACAGGCAGAGCUAAGAAAAAGAUACCGAAGAUCAAGUGCGACACGCCGUUUCAGGGCAGCAUCACGAUCGAGGUGGAGCACAGUCCGGACGAUUGCGACCUAUCCGCGACGGACAGCGACCAGUUCGAGCCGGACACGCUCGACCGCAAGCCGAAGAAGCACGGGUCGACGGCGGCUGUGAGUCGGCAUCGCAGCAACGUGUGGGAGAGUGAGCGGGGUCGGAGUGGAGGAGUUGUCGAAGCGUCAAACCUAACCUCCCUGCCGGCCGAUCUGAACAGUCACUUUGUGCUGAAGUCCACUGGGUCUUUCAAGCACGAGACGAGCUUCGGCAGCUUGCGCGAGAUUUACGAAUCCAAGAACCCGAAAGCCGUCGCAGGGGCUGGUGGUGCGCCCGUACGAAGCUCGCUGACCAAUCUGGCCGAAUUGGACGUAAAGUCGGGGAAGUUGCUGACGCUCGAAACACGACAUUCACGCCGCCAGCGUACGAACGUAGGUGAAGCGAUCAUACCGGCACCGAAACAGGUACCGCCGGAUCUGAUCCCACCGGAGAGUGGUGGAGUUGGAGUUGGGUCUCGCCAAACCGCUCUGUACGAUCAUCCGCGGCUGCAGCUGAAGAAGGUGGACGAUUAUGGCGGUGCGCCGAAGAGUCUGGGCUGCUGGAGUAACAGCGAAAAGCUAUCGAACCCACCGACUGGUCCGGCACCGAAGCCUAACUUCUGCACUGCCAGCGAAAACUACGAGUCGAUCAAUAGUCUGACGGCGGAGAGUGACUCCACACAGUUGACGGGCAUUUCGGACAACGAUCGGACGGCGUCUGGGGCGAGCAAUAGUAGUGGCAGUGGGGGUAAGAGCCGUAACUCCCCGGGCAAGCUACCACCGUACAGUCACGUGCACAAGAACCCGACCGAUCAGUCGCUGUAUAUUAGCGAAAAGUCGGAGUACGCACGAAUCGACGAGAAGCAACCGGAGUCGGAGCUGAGUGGCAUACUGGAGAGCUACAUGACGCUUGGGGAGAAGAACAGCAAGAACUUCUUGCAGCAGGUCGACAGCAAGAUCUACGAUCUGCGCACACGCCAGGCCCAGCAGCAGCAACACCAGCAAGUGAUGAGCAAGGCGAAGUUCAUCGAGGACAUUGACAAGAUCGAGGUCCUAUCCACGAAAACGCUCUCCAACUAUAGCUUCCCGAUCAAUCGGAGCAGCCCGUCGAUCAAUCCGAAAGACGGUGAAGAUGAGAAACCCUCCAUCUAUGACAUCAGUGCACCGAUGCCGCUUGGAAGCACUGGAUCAGCGUCACCCACCACCACGAAGGUGUUUCGCGUCGAGUUGAACCAGUCCUCCAACGGAAUGCAGAUCGCAAUGGGGCUGAGAGAUCGCGUCAAAAAGUCCAAGGAUUUGAAGAAUGCCUGGAAGAAGUUUAUCGGAAUAGCGACAGCGAAGUUCAAUGGGAAGUCCGGAGGGGAUCAGGACCUAGAAAAGACAUCCGAUUCGUCCGACAUUCUCGAGAAGGAUGAGGGCAUUUCUUCACUGAUUGAUGAAUCGUCUGGUAGUGGUGCGUAUGGAUCACACUAUCAGCAGCAGCAGAUGUUGCGUCACCAUCAUCAUCACCAUCACCGGAAGCGACAGCAGGGUGCACCAUCACCAGAAGACGGUGAAAAGCCAUCCACUUCGCGCCCGAACAUCACGAUCGUGCGGAGUAACUCGCGAUCGAGCACAAAGGAGCAGGACAGCGGCUACAUGAGUGCCGAUUCGAGUGAAUCAAAGCUGAACGGCAAAAAGAAGCUCUACGAGCGGUUCAACUUUAGCUCCCAGUCACCGGACGGUUCGGCUGCUGCAGGUCCGGAUGGAACGAUCCUGGAGGAGAACAAGUACGAAAUCUGUGCCCUACAGCAGCAGGAAGCGAACGAAAGAGGCGUCGCAGGAACACCAGAUGCAACCGGCACCAAUCGGAGCGGCUCAUCGACCGGUGGUUCUUCUGGGGCCGGUUCCAGAUCGAACGACAAAUCGAUCGCUCGCCCACGAUCACCACCGCCUCCCCUGCCUCCACCGAAUCCUCCACCUCCACCACCACCAACUGCAACCAUUCCCACGAAGAAGCCGGGCAGUGCGGUCAAGGUGAUCGAGAAGCCCCAAAGCAAACCUCCGCCACCACCUCCAUCGCCACCUUCCUCUAGCUCACCCUCUUCCUCGUUGACUACGAUCGCACGGACGGUGGCCAUGAGCACAAGAGGGGAGAUGGAACCGGGUCCAUCGCACGGCAGACAUCAGAUGCCACCGAACGGUGUGUUCUUCAACACCUCCGACGCGAUCAGUGUACGGGUGUACUCGUCCGAUGAUGAGAAGUUCGAUGGUAGUGAUGAUGCCUCCUGCAUCUCAGACGAGGACGAUCUUGACUCGCACUUGGACGAUAUCUCCGAAUCGGGUGCGGAAAGUGUCGAGACGCAUUCGGUGUUCUUCAAGAACAUACGGAAACCUGCGCAUCUAACAGUGGCACAGGGUGCGGAUCGAGCAAUGGCGGCCGCUGUGCACUGAGAGCAGGGUCCUCUGUCUGAUGUGCAAUAUGGCUGACUCUAUCCUUCUGUUUCAUACUUCUUCUCAUUCCUAUUAGAUAAAAACACGACUCUAGCAAGUAAGAGCUAAACGCAAUGCCGACUUUUAAGUUUAAGACACUUUCUCCUGUACAUUCGACACCUCGGGGAUACUCCUUCCCGACGGGGACGCACACUGUUCGAGAUUAUUGAGUUAUUGUACCUCCACAAGUAUUGAGCUUAUCCGUGAGACGGUCUCGCUUCCACUGCCCUACCAAGCUUGUUGGGGGCGGUUGGUUUUAAAGCGUAUGUCCGCUGGAUCUGAGCCGUAUUAGGGUUAGGGUUUUGUGUUAGUAUCGUAAGUAGUAGCUUGUUUUAAGUAAACCAAUCAGUGGCAACUGUGCAAUCGGUUAGUGUUUUAGGCAUUAUUUUGUUAACAUAUUUAUUCAAGUGAGUGGUUGAUGAAUGUUUGCGAGUAUGUGUGUGCGUGUGAGAAAGAGUGAAAGGGUGUGUGUGUGGUAGUGUGAUUUUUCGUUGCGCUUAACUAGUGUUGAGUUCUUCUGCUAAUGGUACAUUUUUGCUUCUUUUUCUUUGUUUUUUCGGCUUAUUUUUUCCCGAUCAUUUUUUGAUGUUACUUUCAUUUUGUUUUCAUUUUCUUACUAAAUUUUGAAAGCCUUUUUCAUAUUUUUUCUUAUGCUUACUAACUUCUUCUCGAAUUUAAAGCAAAAAUGUACCCAAUUAGCAUCGAAUGUGAUACGAGACUUGCUUAGUCUCCAGCAAUAAUAAAGAAAACGUAGCAAUAUUAGCUUAGGUUUUGUUUUAAGGACAUUCUAGUGUUAACGUAUCUGUACGGCUUGCCAUUAGUGAUGGGUAAAUACAAUUUUUUUCCGGAGUCCGAUCGAUCCGACUCCGGCACCCCUCGGAGUCGGACUCGG